AUGAGUGCUCUUAAGUUGGCCGUCAUAGGAGGCGGGCCUUCUGCAUUCUACGUCGCCUCUAGGAUCCUCAAACUCCAACCAGAAGCGCAGAACAUCCGGAUCCACUUAUUUGAUCGCCUUUGGGCACCCCAUGGCCUCGUUCGCUAUGGAGUAGCACCCGACCAUCCAGAAAACUGCACGCACAAAUUCGCCCAGGCAGCGGAAGACACCCGCCUGCGGUUCUUCGGCAACGUCGAUGUGGGAGACACCGCCAGAACGGUGCCGCAUGCGCUGCAGCUUCCGCUGGGCUCGAUAUUCAAGAAUUACAGCCAUGUCUUGUUCGCUACGGGAUGCACGCUGCCGACGUUGCAUGAUGCUCUGCCUCCGUCCGCGUACUGCAUUCCGGCGUUGUCUUUGGUCCAUUGGUACACCCAACAUCCCAGCGGGCCCCCUCCGCCUGCCCUCGACAAAUUGUCUCAUGUUUCGUUGAUUGGCAACGGGAACGUGUCGCUGGACGUGGCGCGGAUGCUGCUCACAAACGUCGACGUGCUCGCAAAAUACGACGUCCCAGAGCCGGUGCUCGACGUGCUCUCGCGGUCCACCAUCAAACACGUCUCGAUUAUCGGACGACGGGGGCCUCUGGAGGCAGCUUUCACCAUGAAAGAGCUCCGCGAAAUGAUAAAUCUACCAGAGGCGUCCAUGGUCCCCCUCAAUUCUUCUCUCAUCACACCAUCCGCAUCCGCGUCGGAUCCACCACUUACACGUCAGCAAACGCGCGUUCUCCGGCUUCUCCAGCAAGGCUCGAAAUGUGCACCCGGAUCCACAUCCAAAACGUGGUCUCUCGACUUUUUCCGCGCGCCCAUAGGAAUCACACCCCCACCCGGCUCUUCCUCUUCUGCUCAACUUUCCCUCGCCCAUACAUCUGUCGACCCCAAGACCUCGCGUGCUGUGCCUACUGGUGAAGUCUCGACGCUUUCGACAGACCUGGUGGUAACCUCUCUAGGAUUCCACGGCGAGCCCACCGUCAGAUUCUACGACCCAGGGCUCCGCCAUUUGCGUGCUAUAGAAGGCCGUAUCGUCACAUCCGACGGCCACAUCCUCAAGAACGUGUACGCGUCCGGUUGGGCUGCUACAGGCGCAAAGGGCGUCCUGGCGACGACGAUGAUGAACGCGUACGGAGUAGCCGAUGCUAUUCUGUCGGAUUGGAAAGCCACAUCUGGAAAAGAGCAGGAUGCCGUAGCCGAUCCGCAGGUGCAUGAUCUGCCGCCGCUCAAUGCGAAUCCGGUGCUGGAUGACGUUCCAGAGGAGGUUCAAAAGGCUCUGGAGCAGAAAACGGUUACUCAGUAUGACGAUUGGAGGAAGAUUGACCAGGAAGAGGUGCGCAGGGGCGAGGUGCUGGGUAAAGAGAGGGAGCGAAUGGGCUGGGCUGAAGCUCGCCAUCUCAUUUCGUAG